UUUCAUUUUGCACAACACCUUUUCAUGUCUUCAUGCGUUAGAGAGUUCCGUCUGGCGGAUGGCAUACCAGCUGUGACAUUUGAGAAGAGAAGCUGGGAUCUGCUGUCUUCUGAAGGAGAAAGGAAAAUCAAAAUACUCAAAUUUCUAAAAUUACUGAAUGAAGUUAUCCACUGGAUGGAAAUGAUGCAAUACAUAAGGUCACUGUGUUUUAACGUACAUGUAUUUCAGUGAAAGACAACAUUUCAUGGCUGUGGUUCAUUUAUACAUAACAAAUGAGGGAGGAAUGGGUUUCUGAGAUCACCAACCGUGAGGGGCUUAUACUCCUGUUUGUAAACUACACCUUCUUCUCUGUGAUUUUUCUAGUGUGUCUCCUGUUCAUGUUGUGUUUGGCCAAUACUACAUCCUCACCUAAUGACCUUCUUUUGUCCUUGAUGCUUCUGGCAAUGAGUUUUGUACUGGUCAACAUGGUCAUUGCUGAUUACGUUGUGUGUACGAUAUAUUCUCACAGGGAUCCCCGACCCAUCAUGUGACCUGUUGUCAGUAUGACCUUGGGAGGCAGGUGUCAGUAGUUAGAUUAGAUAUAUAUAUAUAUAUAUUUCAAUUAUAGAAAAUUACCCUAGAUCUCUAAGUAGGUGUUUAGUGAAAAUUUGAUAGUAUAUGUAUCAAUGUUUCAUUUCAAGAAAUUUUGAAAUACAAUCGGGAACCUUUCAUUAAUAAUGUCAAACUCGCGGAAUAUUAAACAAAUCACCCGCCAUGUUGAUGCAGGUGUGAUACACCUGACAUCAGGAACAAAUAUCUCAACAAACCAAAUUGAAAUUGAAUCACCAUUAAGUCCCUCAUCAAGUUAUGUCAAAACUAAACUGGAAAAAGAAUUAAGUCCUGACUUUAUAAAUGCUUUCAUCUUGGCACACUGGGAUAACAUUUUGGGACCACGAAUACUUAAUGUGUGGCUGGGUACGGAUUGUCAUCUAACGGAACAGAUGCUGAAUCAAGUUUGUAGUCGUUCAUUGAGUGGAGAGAUAUGCCGAGACAUUCAGGACAGCUUUGUGGACUUCAAAUUUCUUGACUUGGCAGAGAUGGACAUGAUCUUGGCAGGAUUUGUGUUUAUAGCUCGAGGUAAUAGCGGCCUUGGUGUUCACUCCUUGUCUGUGCUGAUGCCACAUUCUGAACUCCGAUCAUACCUGGAGAUCCAUGAACUCCUCUCUCGAUGUCUAAACGGAAUCAUCAACAAAUUACGGAGGUUUUUACACAUGUCUGAUACGCCGCACCCAGAUAUCAAUGGAGAGUUUGUCAGUAGAUCUAGAGACUGCCUGAAGAUGCUGACAUCUGUGUACGAGUUCUCGCUAGCAGUACCCAUCAGUCUAUCCGAGACAUUUCUGAGUCCCUCUCACCAGCUGGAGAGAGAUUUCCUGUGUCGCUGUAUUGCAGCUCACCUGCUCACGUUUGGUCACAGCCUAGUGAUUGGGGAGAACAGCAACAGAAUCAACUUGUUAAUCACCACACUGGCCCUGUUCAACACGAAGAAGGAGAGACGAUGUUCCAUGAGAAUCCAAGAUGGCUGUACCUGUCAUCACGACCUGUUUGUUCAGGGUAUAGUGAAGAAAUGCAGCGAUGCAUAUGACCUACCAGUUGCCCAAAUAGUGGACAGUAAAUAUCCGGUCAGUACCAUCAACUUGACCACUCGAGAUGUGAAGCAGGCUUACUCAUAUCGCCAUCAGAGGUUGUAUAGUCCACAAGGGGUCGGGCCAAACAAUGAGCUUACCCUGAUCCCAGUAGAACACAGUGAGAACCUGGUCCUAGCGCUUAUGGAUGAGUUGGAGAAGCUGCCUGCUGAGUGUGGGGUGCGGGAGGCGUAUAUAUCACACUUUGUCACGACGCUGCAGAGGAAAGCACUCGCUCUCAUAAAAUAUGUGGAAGGUGAAACGAACUACGGAAGCACUAUGUUUCGUUCUGGAAUGAAGAAAUUGCGACAGGACUUGGGUAUAGCAUCUGAAGGAGACCUACAGAUAAUACUGGCUACGGCGGAGAAACUGAAACCUGGAAUCAUUUAUUUUGUAUUCGGGGAUGGUCAGUGGUCAAGUAGAAGUACUGAUGUGUGGUCGUCAGGGGUGAUGGAAUGAAAUUGGGAUUUAUCAUCAAAAACUAGUCCAAGCAGUGGUGAAAACAAUUCUGGAGUUUAUAGAGUAAUUGAUUGAAACUUUGUGUAGAGGCCUAACCACUUUUAUUUCCAGGAAAAAUCUGGAAUGAACUUUUCAGAUAAAGCAAAUAUUAAUACUAAACAAAGAACUUAAUGUUUAGGAUCAAGGAACAGUCUUUCCGAAUAUUCAAAUUUAGUGAUGUGAUGUUCAAACGAAGCGGAUAACUUCUUAUAAACCUCUUUAAUAAAAGAAUGAAAAUUGAGUUCGUAGUGGAAGAGAUUGAGAGAGAAGUCAGUGUUUUGACUUAUGUUUGCUGAGAUAACUUUAAAUUUUUAGCCCACCAUCAUCUGAUGGUGGGCUAUUCAAAUCACCCUGCGUCCGUCGUCCGUCCUUAAAGAAUUCUUUUUAUCGGUAUUGAUCAAGAAGUACUAGAGGAAACUUUCUCAAAUUUUAUAUAUAGGUUCCCCUUGGUGCAGGGUAACUUUUGAGACUGAU